CGGGGCGGGGCAGUGCCCACGUUAAAGCCCAGGAGGAAAAUGGAAAGUUUUAGGAGACAGGAUGGGAUCUGGGGCGGAGCUACUGGGAGAGGGGCUCAGGGCAGGGCCAAGGUUGGCGCUAGAAGGGAUUAGAGCUCCGCCGAAGGACGAGCCGUGAUUGGAGUAGGGGCAUGGCUUGGGCGGACCGGACCCAGAUGGGAAGGGCGUGGUCAGAACGGAGGCGGGGCAAAGGCUGGGUCAGAACAGCCCGGGUGGGAAGGGGCGGGCUCAGAGCGUCGGGGCGGAGACGGAGGCGGAGGUGAGGGCAGAGCGUCUGUGGCCGGGGGAGGAGCCGGAUCCCAGGCCGGAGGCGGAGCUGUAGUCACGAUUGAGUCCAGACUUAGGAGCCCCUCUGUGGCUAAAACACCGAGCAGCAGAAAGAGCGUCAUGGAGGGAAGCAGCGGAGGCAGGUUUUACUCCAGGAACCCCACCAUCUUGGUGAUCGGCGGCGGCAUCGCGGGGCUCGGGGCAGCACAGCGGCUUUGUCGGCACCAAGGCUUCCGGACGCAGCUUCUAGAGGCCACUGACCGCUGCGGGGGCCGCAUCCGCUCCGAGUCAGCCUUCGGUGGUGUGGUUGAAAUUGGGGCACACUGGAUUCAUGGGCCCUCCAAAAACAACCCGAUCUUCCAGUUGGCUUUAGAGUAUGGCCUGUUGGGUGAAAAAGAGAUGUCGGAGGAAAAUCAGCUUAUUGAAGUCGGUGGCCACCCAGGGCUGCCCUCUGUGUCCUUCUCCAGCUCUGGCAAAGAUGUGGAUCUCAAGUUGGUAGAAGAUGUAGCUAAUCUGUUUUAUACCUUGUUAGACCAAACACGGGAGUUCCUCCAUAUGGCAGAGACCCCUGUUGCCAGCGUGGGGGAAUUCCUGAAGGAAGCAAUCCAUAGGCAUUUGUCUGAGUGGACUGAUAAUGAAGAAACCAAGAAGCUUAAACUGUCCAUCCUGAACACUUUCUUCAACCUAGAGUGCUGCGUGAGUGGGUGCCACAGUAUGGAUUUGGUUGCCCUAGGACCUUUUGGGGAAUACGCCAUGUUGCCUGGGCUAGAUUGUACCUUUACUGAGGGGUACGAAGGCCUUACAAACUGCAUGAUGACUUCUUUGCCAAAAAAUGUUAUACUGUUUAACAAACCAGUGAAGACCAUUCUCUGGAAUGGCUCCUUCAGAGAUGAACAUUCUCCAAAAGAGAGAUUUCCAGUACAAGUGGAAUGUGAAGAUGGAGAGAAAUUCCCAGCACAUCAUGUUAUAGUCACUGUCCCUUUAGGUUUUCUCAAAGAGAAAAUGACUACCUUAUUCAGUCCACAACUUCCCCAUAGGAAAGCAGAUGUGAUCAGGAAAAUGGGCUUCGGAACCAAUAAUAAAAUAUUCCUGGAGUUUGAAGCACCUUUCUGGGAACCGGACUGCCAGCAAAUCCAGGUGGUGUGGGAGGACACAUCGCCCCUCAUUGAUGUCAGGGCUGAGCUACAGGACAUAUGGUUCCAAAAGCUUGUUGGCUUUAUAGUCCUGCCCCCCAUGGAGUCUGCAUAUGUUCUCUGUGGAUUCAUUGCUGGACAUGAAUCAGAAUUUAUGGAAACUCUUUCUGAUGAGGAAGUGCGUUCUUCUUUAACCCAAGUCUUAAGGAGAAUAACAGGAAAUCCACAGCUCUCCGGGCCUAGGAGUAUCCUCCGGUCCAAGUGGCACAGUGCCCCCUACACCAGAGGAUCUUACAGCUACGUCGCAGUUGGCAGCUCUGGAGAUGACAUUGAUAUACUUGCCCAGCCUCUUCCUACAGACUCCUUAAGCUCCCAGUUUCAGAUACUUUUCGCUGGGGAAGCCACCCAUCGGACAUUCUACUCUACCACCCAUGGUGCUCUGCUGUCCGGGUGGAGGGAAGCAGAUCGCCUCAUCAGCCUGUACGACUCAGAGACCCAGCAGCAGAAAUUCAAGCUCUGAGUCCUUCCUCCUCGCUGCAGCUUUGCUUUUCACACGCUGUUCCUCUUCGAUGGCUUAAUGAUUGUUUAGUUAUUAGCCACUGUUUCCUCCAGCAAAUAAUUUUCAGUCCAGCUCAGGCUGUCUUUGGGAAGGUUGAGAGUAAUUUUUCAAUUCUUUUUAAGCCGUUCAUUGGUAACUUUUAUUUCCUGAAGCCAUUGCUAUGCUAUGCUUAGACUCCCUGAAAAAUCACCAGCAGCGCCCUGCCUGAAUAGCAAGAAUAAGUGUUCCUGGUGAUUCCGAAUACAGUGUAUGAUGACUAGUAUUGCACCAAAAUAAAGUAUUUUAAAAACACA